AACUUCCCAACAUGCAGCUCGGCGCGCGGUUUUGUAAAUAUCUGCAGAUGUAAACAUCAGAGCUCAGAGCUCACAUCACAGAUGUCUGUGUAGCUGUACCUGCGGAUUUCUCAACAACCUCUGCGUGUUUUCGGACUGGGAGCUUGUGGGCAGGCGGUCGGAGGGCUGGUUGUGUUUGGGCGGUGGAUGGAGGAUGAGCAGCCCCGGCCUGAGCAGCGGGACACCCAAACCAGCUGACCUGUUUGAAGAUCUAUGGAGGCAGCUUGGAGAGUGCCACCAGAGUGCACUGCAAGAACUGGAGGCAAAAGUGAGCAAGUUGAAGAAGGAGCGCUGUUUAGACGCUCAGAGACUCGAGGUGUUCUACAGUCGCAACCAGCAGCUGAAGGAGCAAAACAAAUCCCUGCAGGACACCAUCAGCCUCCUGGAGGAAAGGCUCCGUGAAGGAGAGUGCGAUCGAUGUGCCACCUUAGGGGAGAACCUGAAAAGCACCCAGGAUCAGAAUUUACGCCUCAUCACCAAACUGAAGAAAGAAAGAAACAGCCUCGAGGAUGAAAACAGAAAACUACACGCAGAAAUUCAAGAAUUAAAACUGUCUCGCUCGGAGCUCCAGCAGGCCUCAUCCCCGGAGCAAGAAGAAGGCUUCAUCCCAGACUCUCCUGUCCUGCCAAGCUCGCUGCCCGUGGUGAACAAACUGAAGAAACGUAGAAACGCAGACAAAAUGAAGCGCGUUCGCUAUGUAGAGAUGCCUCUAGGACGGUGCAACAACUCACUCUUCAACGAGUUGAAUAAGGAGCCCGCUGAUGCUGCAAAGAAUCCCGGAACAACAGAAGUGCUUGUGCCAAACACAUGUCAAUUGGACGCAUCACAAAUCUCAAAUGAUGUCAAUCUAAACCUGGAAGAAGCGAUAGCAGAAACCUGCGCCCUUGAACUUUUUGAAAAGCCUCACAUGAAAACCGAGACAACUGUGGUCCAGCAAAGCAGCUCAAAACCUCCCAGGAAAUAUGACGUUCACAUAAAGCCUCACCGCUCGUCCCUUUCAUCCACGCUGAUCCACAGUCCAGACUCGACCACAGAAAGAUCUCCGUCGCUUCUCCCACGCGUCAAACGCUUUUCAGAGGACGCCUCCGUUAACAAAGCAAAACGGAAGAAGGAAAGUGAGCCGGAGGUACAAGAGGAGGAUAAACAAGGAAACCAGGAAGGGGUGGACAAACAGAAGGAAGGCAAACAAAUAGAACCUGAACUCAUCAAACGAAGCGCCGCACCUUUAAGCAAUCAAAGCUUCAUGAAGGAGCCACUGGACAUUAAGGUCCAGUCGGCACAAAAUAGGACUUCCAGCCAAAGGCUAAAUGUUUCCUGUGCAAGUCCUGCUUUCAAGAAGCCAAAUAUCAGAGAAGCGAGUAAGGAUGUUGGUGCGAAGAGAGGAAAACCCCUCCAGGAUCUGAAUGCCUCACAUGACCGACAUGAUGCUAAAAGGAAGCACAAAGUGGAGCCCACGUGGAGCGUCGAUCCUGCACUCGCCCUGUCCAUGUAUGACAGUGAGUGGAGAGGAGACGAGCAAACAGAAGAACAACAGUGUCAUGGAGGACUUGAAGAUACUGACUGCACCUGGGUCAGUCACAGCAUGCUUCAGGGUCGGGAUAAAAACAACCAGAACAGAAGAGACAGUGUCUCUGGACUUGGCGAGAAGGCAAAUGACAGUUUGGAUAUGAUGUUUGACACAACGGCUUGCGGGGAGUACAAGUCUUACAACGGUUCACAGAGCCAGCCCUGUCAUGAUGACGAGGAAGAUGGAGAAGAAGAGGAGGAGGAAGACCAUGAAGAAAAUCCCCAUGAAAACACUAUGAGCCAGAAUAAAGAGCACAAAGCACAACGUCCAACAUUUGCACACGUGGCUGUGAUCCGCAAGAAGGACGAGAGGAGAAAACUGAAAGGCACUACCUGCAAGGAGUGUGAAGUUUAUUACACCCAUCUCCCAGAGGAGGAGAAACAGAAAAAGUUAUCUGCGUGCUCCAGGCACAGAUUCCUGUAUAUUCCUCCUUCUACUCCCGAAAACUUCUGGGAAGUUGGAUUCCCGUCAACUCAAACGUGCAUUGAAAGAGGUUAUAUCAAAGAGGAGAAUACUCCACUGGCACGUCCCCGGAGAAGACAACCAUUCAAUGUUUUAUUCUCCCCAAAGCGAAAGCAACAGGAGAACUGAAGAAAAAAAAAAGUGUUUGUCUUUGAGGAACUGUUGGGAAUCGACCCACUUAGAGAAAACAAUAACUGUAUAUUAAGAACAGGCUGGUUACUGUGUUGACACUGGGAGCACAAUGAAGCCGUCUCAUGCAGUGACCUUAUUAAGAAUGUUGACCCCUUGUCAUGGUUUUUGUUUUAUCAUAUGAAUAUUUGAAUAUCAGUUUGUUUUUGUAAAUAGUGAGUAUGCUUGUGAUCUGUUUGGAUUAAUAAAAACUAAAGACAUA